ACAUGCAAUUCAGGCCAUUGCAUACACACACAGAGUUGUUUGCAUUGUAGAUUGACAAUGGCCUCUUGUCUGUCAGUCCUGUUGCUCUUGUGUCUAGCACUUGCAGGUUCAGUCUCCGGGCAACAACUGUCGGCUACAUUCUAUUCGAGGUCGUGCCCGAGAGCUCUGGCCAUCAUCAGGGCCGGCGUGAGAGCUGCGGUGGCGCAGGAGCCUCGCAUGGGGGCGUCACUGCUCAGGCUUCACUUCCAUGACUGCUUUGUCCAAGGGUGCGACGCGUCCGUACUGCUGAACGACACGGCCAACUUCACCGGCGAGCAGGGGGCGAACCCCAACGUCGGAUCCAUCAGAGGAUUCAACGUCGUCGACAACAUCAAGGCGCAGGUCGAGGCCGCGUGCAAGCAGACCGUCUCCUGCGCCGACAUCCUCGCCGUCGCCGCCCGCGACUCCGUCGUCGCCUUGGGUGGGCCGUCAUGGAGGGUUCUUCUCGGGAGGCGUGACUCGACGACGGCGAGCUUGGCGCUGGCGAACAGCGACCUGCCACCUCCGUCCUUCGACGUCGCCAACCUCACCGCCUCGUUCGCCGCCAAGGGGCUGAGCCAAGCCGACAUGGUGGCGCUCUCCGGCGCGCACACGGUCGGGCAGGCGCAGUGCCAAAACUUCCGCGACAGGCUCUACAACGAGACCAACAUCGACGCCGCCUUCGCGGCGGCGCUCAAGGCCAGCUGCCCGCGGCCGACGGGCAGCGGCGACGGCAACCUGGCGCCGCUGGACACGACGACGCCCACCGCGUUCGACAACGCCUACUACACCAACCUGCUGUCGAACAAGGGGCUCCUGCACUCCGACCAGGUGCUCUUCAACGGCGGCGCCGUCGACGGCCAGGUCCGGUCGUACGCGUCCGGGCCGUCGAGGUUCAGAAGGGACUUCGCGGCGGCCAUGGUGAAGAUGGGGAACAUCGCCCCGUUGACGGGAACGCAGGGACAAAUCAGGCUCGUCUGCUCCAAGGUGAAUUAAUUAGCGGUGAUCAUCAACGAAAAUUCUGAGUGCAUGAGGGGACAAUAAUAAGGCUAUAUAUGCCACUGAAAUCGAUAUUUGUGCUUUGCACUGAUCAGUGAUCAUGUUCACGCUUUCUUGGAUCAAAUUGUGUCCGAGAAAGUGGCGUGUUUGCAAGAAUUUGAUCGUGUACACUGAAUUCUGAAGAGCCCUCAUGCAAAUGCCCGCGAGAUUAACUCCCUUGCCUAAAUA